CGUUUCGAAAUUUUGGGAAAGGAAAUAGUGUAGUUAAAGCAGCAGACGCAGAGAAGUGGCUGAUAUGAGUAAGUAUGCCGGCGAGAAAGGUCAGGAAAACCAGCGCAAAGGCUGAAGGGGAUGGCGAAGGGCAGUUAAGUAAAGAACAACAACAUGAAAAAAGGAAGCGGCUUUUUACGCAGCAGUUUGAAAAAGAAGCACAGGACCGGAUGAAUGAGAUGGAAGGCAAGAUGGAGCAGAUCUUGGCCACUGUGGAGCGGGUAUUUAGGGUGGAAAUGAUGAAGAUGCCGCCAGCCAUGUCGCGCACCGGAAUUAAGGAGCUGAUGUGCGAGGAAGAUACUCCAGUUGGAGAAGUCACCAUUGCGAUGAAGAACGAGUCUACAGAGAUCAAUCAACCCCUGACUAGGAAGCCGAGCAAAAGAGGCCAGACAAAUGCAUCUGCUCCAAGACUGCAAAGAACUUUGUCAGUUCAAAGCAAAAAGGCCACAAAGGAAGUAUCUCAGAUGACCAAGUCGAGAUCACUUGCAAAUGCACCAGAUUCCUUCAAGACCCCCAGGGUAGCCACAACUCUCUCUACUAAGAGGACUCGUGGGUGUGUUGCCAAAAUCAGUGACCCCACUUCUGUUAAAACCCAGAAAAGAUCCAAACACCUCAGUGGUUUGCUAAGUGAAGUGGACCCUGUCGGCACCUCUCCUCUGAUGGCUACGGCUACAGUAUCCACCUCUUGUGGCGAGACCCUGCUUCUGUCCAAUGACGUCAAAGACCACAUUGACAUUGGGAUGCUGGAUGAGAUGGCAGUUUUGCAGAUGCAGCAGCUGAGGGAAUUGAUGGAUUACCUGUGUAAAAAGGUUGUAAAUAGUACCCAAUGAAGAACAAUAAUUUUUGUAAAAUUUCAGUAAAUAAUAAAGUUAAAGAUUUUAA